CAGCCAGACAUUUUUAUGUUCUCGAACCACCAGACGGACAGGCCAGCUCUUCUUUAGAAUGGUGUCUUCUGGACUUUUGAGGAUCCUGGUGGUAUCCAUCCUUCUAGAGAAUGUCCAAGGAUUUAGUCUGACUGACUUGCUCUCUCCAAGGAGAUGCCCCAGAAUCCGAGAGAAAUGCGAAUUCAAAGAAAGGGAUGAGUGUUCGAAGAACAAAACCUGUCCGGACAAGAAGAAGUGCUGUGUCUUCAACUGUGGGAAAAAAUGUUUAGACCUCCAACAAGAUAUAUGCAGUUUGCCGAAAAAUCCUGGUCCCUGCAUGGCUUUUUUUCGUCGCUGGUGGUAUGAUAAGAAAAAUGAUACCUGUUCCAUCUUCAUCUAUGGUGGCUGCCAAGGAAACAACAACAACUUCCAAACCAAAGACCUGUGUCAGAAUAUGUGCUCCAAAAAACGCCAAUCGAGUCACCAUCAGAAUCACCAACCGAGUGUCUCCCCAGAAGAUUGCAAACUUCCAAUGGAAAGGGGCCCUUGUCGAGCCAAACUCCCACGGUGGUUUUACAACUCAUCAACUUCUGGAUGUGUGCUGUUUCACUACGGAGGCUGCAACGGCAAUGGGAACAACUUUCUGAAGAAAGAUGCAUGUGAGAAAGUCUGCAAGAACAUCUAAUUUCCGCAUAAGAGCCCGGUACUCCCUGGAGUCAGGAUUGCUCUAUGGCAAUAACAGGUGUUUUUGUGAACACGAGAUGCAUUUCUCCACA